GAAUCAAACGGAGUACAACGUUUGUGACUCUACACAGAAAAACUAAUUAUUUUUCUACAAAUUUUCUACACACUGAUUUUAUUUGUUCCUCUUCUGGGGUUUUUGUUUUUCUGCAACGCAAACACAUAGCAGCGAAUCGAGACUUGUUUAAAAAGUCAGUUCAAUCCAAAUUUAUCGCGUAACACUUAAGGAACACUUAACAUCUAGUGUCGGUGACAGCACCAAGCAAGACAUGAAGCCAUCACUAGUCUCGCGUAUACGUAACAUUUGGAUAAUGUCCCAUUGGAUGCGAAACGAGGCGGUGGCUGCCGCGGCGAUGCUGGUGGUGCGACGUAAUGAAGUGAAGCUAAGGCGUGCCGAGGACGAAAAGGAGCUCGAGAAGAAUGCUGGUCAAUUGGGUGUGGAUGCCGCCGGCAAUUUGCGGGUCAUACGCGUUUUGGACGACUACGUGGUGCCUUUCGAGUGUGGUCUCUAGUCGGUUAAGAAGGGAAGAAUCCCAGCAAAUGGAGUGCCACUGAGUCCUCGAGUCCUCGCUCCUCCUCUCAAUGAAGACUGAGCAUUAAACACUUAAAUGAACAAACUUUUGGCAAAUAUUUAAGGAAAGCUUUAAGUAAACACCAAUAAAAACCAAUGAGAAGAUAUAGAAGUGAA